AUGGCCGGCUUGGUAGGAUACGCAAGCAGCGACGAAGAAGAGGAUAUCCAGGAAGUCACUCCUCCUCAACCGAAAAAAAAUGAACUCACGACCAUUACCCAAGAUGCAGGCGUUGAAUCACGGACUCAAGAGGUAGAGAAGAAGCCUACUGUAUCAGCGCCUAAAUCCAAUGGCCCUGAUGCAGUUGCUAUCGAACCUGCCCAACAAAAUGCAGUGCCACUGGGACCGUCUUUACCGCCCAUGGAGGAGGCCGUCAUGGAUGACCAAGAUCCAGCAUAUAGACCAGCCUCACCAUACUCAGCAAAUCGUGCGCUUCUUCGCGACCUCACAUUGCCGUCAGCACCUAACAUGGAUAUCCCACCAUCACCACCAGGCUCACCACCACCUGGAGCCAACAAGAAAUUCGAGCAAUUCCUUGAGCUAAAAAAGAAGGGGACUCAUUUUAACGCCAAGCUGGAACAGUCUUCCGCGCUGAAGAACCCAAGCCUGAUGGAUAAACUGAUGAGAUUUGUCGAAAUCGAUGAACGUCAUCAGUAUUCUACCACACUACCAACCGACCUCUGGAAUCCUACAGCCUUCCCGGAAUGGGCUUCCAAGGACAAACUACGGAAGACUAAUGAUAAAGUAACCAAGGAGAAGGACACGGAGAGAGCAAGUGGUACAAGAACAGCCGUUGAUUUUGUCCCUUCAACAAGUAUAGGGGCCCACGACACAACGAUCAAGGGCGGACUCUCGAAAGGUGAAAAGAGGAAAAGUGGAUGGAAUUAG